GGGGCGGCAACAGUGUGAGGUUUGCUCUCCGGUCGAGGCUUCGGAUUAGGCAAGAGAAAUGCCAUUUAUUAAGGGCCUACCGAAAGGGUGAAGGGAGGCGUGAACCAGCAGUGAAGUUGGUUGGGCGAAAAUGUCCGCUGUGCCCGAUGGCAAAAAGCUGGUCCGUAGCCCAAGCGGACUACGCAUGGUGCCCGAGAACGGAGCUUUCAGCAGCCCUUUCUAUUUUGACGAACCGCAGUGGGUACCAGAUAAGGAGUGCCCAAGAUGCAUGCAGUGUGACACAAAGUUUGACUUCCUCACUAGAAAGCACCAUUGCAGACGCUGUGGGAAAUGUUUUUGUGACAAGUGUUGCAGCAAGAAAGUGCCUCUACCCCGGAUGUGCUUUGUGGACCCUGUCAGACAGUGUGCAGAGUGCGGCCUCCUCUCUCAGAAGGAGAUGGAAUUCUAUGACAAGCAGCUGAAGUUGCUCCUUAAUGGUGGAUCAUUUCUGGUAACACAGGGAAAUUCUGAGAAAUCUGAAGCAAUGAUGUGCAGACUUUCAAACAACCACAGGUAUCUCUUCAUGGUUGGAGUGAGUCAUCUGCAGGUUGAGCUUGCCCGCAUUUCUAGUGUCCAGAUUCUCACAGACGGAUUUGCUCCAGGAGAAAAAGAUAUUCACACUUACACCAGUCUCCUGGAAAGUCAGUAUAUUUCUGAAGGUGGAAAUUCUCGCCCCAGUGGGAUGCUGCUGCAAUAUAAGCUACCUGCAUCCCAGGACAUACAAGAACUCAGGCUGACUGCCCAUGAAGAGAGGAAGGUUGCUGCCUCCUGGCUGGCUGCCAUGCACAAGGCAGCAAAGCUUCUGUACGAGUCUCGAGAUCAGUAAGCGAAAUGCCAUUGCAGGAAGAGCGCUCGAGAUUCCUCAGCUGUAUUAACAAAGCCUCUGUAAUUGCUGCUUUAGUGCCCCAAUUUAUUUACUCUUCAGAGAAUCCUGGGGACCCACCAGUACAAUAUUUAGUGCAAUAUGUACAUUUUAAUAAUGCUUUAAAUGUAGUCUCACAAUUUUCAAUUUUGUAAAAAUAUUUUGUUAAAUAUUUCUAUAUUUUAGCACAGUUAACCCGGCAGUGUGCAUUCUUUUUUACUGCCCGAGUAUUUAGAAUAAUUUUGUAGCACUUAUGUACAUUUUCCUACAUUCUGGUAUAAAUCCAGUAUUUUUUUUUCCAAUGAAUAUCUUCCUACAGAGACCAAGAGGUGAAAUUCUAAUUGGUUUUCUUUGGAGUAUUAAUAUAUCUCAACUGUAACAGAAACAUUAAAGAGACUGAAGCACAGGACUAUUUAAUAAACCACUAAUGUAAAGUUUAAACUGAGUGGAUGUUUUCAAAAAGUGCCAUUUUUUUUGUUAACCAGGGACUUGAAAUACGUUUUUUUGUGUACGUCAGUGUAUCCAGACCAGAAAAGCUUGCUUUGUUUAUAUUAAAAAAAAAAAAAGUCUGCUAUGAGCCAAAACUGCCUGAGAUUGUAAAGCAACACUACAAGAGAAAAACAAAAAGUUCUGUGAGAAAUGUUUGGCAUCGGACGGAAGUUACCCUUCUUCUUCUUCUUCUUCUUCUUCUUUGUAUGUACUUUGCAGUGACCUCUAAAGCCUGUAAAUAAGUCUGCCUGUUCAAAUGAAAGCUGUUUGUAUGGUGUGUACAUUUUUCUUGAAUUAAAUUUUUAAAACCUGAAUCUA